ACACAACAUGGCGGGCGUUGUAAACAGAGCUAGCAGUUUCCCAGAGCCGAGGCCGAAGUUAAAGCCGAGCUUUUAAACAUGGACGGAGUGGAGUUCGAGCGUAUGGACAGCCUGGAGGGUUGGGUGGCCGUCAGAAGCGACAUUUUUGAGGAACACGAGGCGUUCAAGUUGGGUUUCAUUGUCCAGUGGAACGUCAUCGAGUCGAAGUUCGCUGUCACCUGCCACAACCGGACGUUACAGCGGCGGAACCGGAGAGCCGAAGUGACCAUCGGGGACCCUCAAGUGAGCUGGGCCGGACUCUUCUCCGUCAGCGACCUGAAAAAUAUUCACCAGCAGUUUGCUUGUGUGGCGGAUGUUCUGGGGGGCUGCUUCCCGGACCUGACCCAGUUUGAGGAAAGUAACAUCUGGGACUUGCUGUUUCUGAACCGGAGGCCGGGCCCGGAGGAUCCGGACGGGGGUGAUUUGGACUCUCCUUGUCGGAAACUGGAGAAAUAUUUCAGCACAGCCAUCGACCUGUGCGGAAGGAAGAUUGUUCUGGAAACUUUGUUCUGCCAGGAUGAGCGGGACGUGGAGGAGUACUUUGAAAACCUCCAGGAGUUCAAGAAGAAGAGCAUGCAGGAGGACAUGUCCAGGGUCAAAGGUCACCUGAGACAGCUGCUCCAGAGUCACAGCAGAUCAGACCGAAUGGUGGCGCUGCUCAGCAUCUACGAAGACGAAGACCGGGCCUACCAGGACCUUGUGACUGUGGCCACCAGCUUCUUCCAGUACCUGCUGCAGCCUUUCAGAGACAUGAGAGAACUGGCCAGCCUGUACAAGAUGGAGAUUCUGAAAUCUUUGGAGUUUGAGGACUUGGGUCCUAAGAGAAUCGCAGCUCUGGAGAAGGAGGCUGAGGAGUGGAGAAUGAAAGCAGAAGACGCAGCCGCCUCCAUUCAGGACAUCACUGUCAACUACUUUGCACAGACUUCAAAGGCUUUGGCUGGUAUGGUAAAACAGAUGGAGGAGGACAAGCGUCGUUUUGGACCUGCUGCCUGGGCGUCUGCAGCUCCCAGACUGGAGAAGCUACGCUUCCUGUUAGCUAAAGAAACCCUGCAGCACAUGCGAGCGACGGAGAUGUGUCUCAGUCGCAGGAAGGAGACAAUUAAAGACGGGCUGCAGAACCUGUCAGGAAGCGUCCAGGACCGGAGAUCUGAGCCCAGGUCUGCAUUUGAGGAUGGACAGCAGCAGGACUCUGUGGACCAGCUAGAGCUGCAGUUCUACGAGACCCAGCUGGAACUUUAUGACACCAAGUUUGAGAUCCUGAAGAGCGAGGAGCAGCUGCUGGUGGCUCAGAUAGAAACCCUGAGGCGGCAGAUUAAAGAGCUGAAGGAGGAGGUGGUGUACUACGAUGUGUGUGAGGAUCCCGAGGAGCUGCAGAGCCUGAUCCACGCGGGGGUCCAUCAGGUGGACUCCCCCCUCAUCAGUCCUCUCCGGAGACGCCUGCAGGGCCUGGAGACCAAGAGAGGAAACAUCUGCGCCAGGAGGGCGUACCUACGCAACAAGAAGGAUCAGUGCAUGGAGGCUCAGGAGCAGAAGCAGUCAGCAGCCACGCAGAGCUCUUUACUCUUCAGCCAGCAUCAUCAGGUCCACCUGAAACGAGAGAAGAGGAAAGAGGAGGAGCAGAGCAGGAAGCAGUGGGUGGACCAGGAGCGAGAGAAGACCCUGAGCAGGUUACGGUCCUUCAGAGAGAAGCGGCAGGGUCAGUACAUCCUGAAGACACCUCAGACCAGGAAGUCUCCUUCAGACGUCUCUUGUCCGUCUCAACCGAUGUCCAUCAUCAGCGUCUCUGCCUCGGAAGAACCGCCCUCCAUCCGCCCCGCACCCAGACGCAAACACCCCCCUAAAAAACAGCAGCCUAAAGACAUCCCCGUUCAGAUCUUCUCUGCACCACCACCUCCAUCUGUACCACCUCCUCCUCCACCACCCCCACCCCCUCCUCCACCUGCACCAUCUAUCAUCCCACCACCUCCUGUCCGAGCUUCGCCCUCCUCUGAGGAAGCACCGAUGCCCCUCAGUGAGAAGGAGGACCCUCCAUUUCCAGCCAAGAACACGCUCAAACAAAAUUUAGGAACGAUGGACGAAGUUCUGGCCUCGCUGCAGCGUGGACAGAUUAAACUUCGAAAGGUCCCUGCUGCCAAAACGGUUUCUGCCGAGGACCCGAGAAGUAACCUGAUGUCCGCCAUCCGACAGGGAGUCACCCUGAAGAAGGUGGUUCCUGCACGAGCAGAAGUCCUGAGCGGCGGGGACAACGAGCUGGAGCGCAGCAUCAAGGCUGCCAUGAUGAGGAUGAAGAAGGUGGCGGCCGACUCAGAUGAUGAAGGUGAUGAAGACUGUCAGAACCCAGACUGGGACAGCUGAGCUCAUCUGACAGUUUCCUUCAGCAAAACGCUGCCUGUUUGAUGGGAUUACGCCUCAGACUUUAAAAGUUUAGUUGUUGUUUUUUUUAAAGCUGUCUCACAGUAAUCCUCCUGGUUCUGUCGGGUCCAGACUGACUCCUGAAUGUCAGAACCAGGAGGGGGUCUCCUCUGAAGGAGCUGCUGCUGUGCACAAAUCCACCGAAGGCGGGAUGGAAGCUGUAGCUCUGAACUGCACUGAUUCAAGUUUCCUCCAUCUGGAUCUGGACAUCUGGACACGUCUUCAGUCCAUCACAGAGACAUUGUCUCACUCACACCUACGGACAAUUUGGUUAUUAAUGAACCCAAUCUGGUGGUUUCUGGUCUGUGGAAAGAAACCAGAACCCGUAAACUCCACUCAGAAAGGCCGGGAGGUGAACACACAGCCUUCUUGAUGUGAGGCGACAGCUUUAACCACUGUACCACAAUGUCGCCCUAAAAUGUUCCCGAGAAGUGUUUUAGUGAAGCGGCUGCAGAGCAGGACACGCAGAUAACGCCUCUCUGAAACUAAAAUCAAUUUCUGGAAUGUAACUUCAAACAUAAACCUGAUCUAAGGGCUCCACUCAACAAAUAAAGCGUUUAUGUUUUAAAGAGCAGCGGAGUUAAAGUGCUGAGGUCGUAUUUCUCUGACCUGCGGCUGUUGGAGACGCAAAACUGAAAACAAGUUUUAAUAAUUACUGAAUGACACAAACUAAAAGAACUUUGUGGGGAGUUUGUUUGGAGUCCAACAAGCUUCAGUUGAGCUUCUUCUCAUCAGGAUUGAUCUCUAAAUGUUUGAACGGUUCAAACCCUGACGACCUCCAACUCCCAGUCCGACGUCCAACAUCCAGGCAAAGGUUUAAGAACCAGCCAACAAGGAGGUGCUUCUGUCCCACCUUCAGCUUCCUGGUUCUGCUCCGAGGUCUCCUUAUUUGUAGCCAUGUACACAAACCAUGAUUUUUUAAAAGUCAUCCGCACGUCUUGCUGGUCGACAGUUUCAUCUUCCUUCAAACUCCUGUCUGAUAUAAUAAACAAUAAUCUAACAACAAACAAACCCGGUUCACC